AUGAAAGUCAAGAUCCGCAAAUGGAACGCGGUAGCAACAUGGCGAUGGGACAUCCCCGAGGACGACGUCUGCGGUAUCUGCCAAGUACACUUCGAUGGCACAUGUCCGAAAUGCACAUAUCCAGGAGAUGAUUGCAAAUUACUAUCUGGGAAAUGCGGGCACAGUUUCCACGAACAUUGUAUAGAUGAGUGGAUUAAGCAGGAGACUUCAAAGGGACAAUGUCCUAUGUGUAGACAGAAGUUUGAAGGGCCGGAAGGUACGGGUGCUGCUGCCAACGAAACAAUGGAAGAUCCGGCAGAUAUGGAGGUGUGA